CCUUGAUCCCUUCACAGCUUCAGUUUUACAUCUGUUUCGAUCAAGCAGCCAACUGCCCUUCCUGAGCUUCCUUCCCAUCUCCUCGCCUCCUUGAAGACAGAUCAAUAUUUGCUAAUGACUUCUGGAACUAUUAUUCACAGUGGGGGAUGCCACUGCAAGAAAGUAAGAUGGCAAGUUGAAGCUCCUCCAAGUGUUGUAGUAUGGCAGUGCAACUGCUCAAAUUGUUCAAUGAGAGGCAACAUUCACUUUAUUGUUCCAUCUUCCAGAUUCAAACUAAUUGGAGAUUCUGAACAAUAUCUCACUACCUAUACCUUUGGCUCCCACACAGCAAAACACCUGUUCUGUAAGAUCUGUGGAAUAACCUCUUUCUACAUACCGAGGUCGAACCCCGACGGUAUCGCCGUCACUGUUAAGUGUGUUGAUGAUGGGACAAUUUCAAAUGUUGAGGUCAAAUUGUUUGAUGGUGGAAAUUGGGAGAAGUCAUAUGAGCAAAGUUCCAUUGCAGCGUUAUCUAAGUUAAAUGGUGAAACUCUGUAGCAGUUUAGUUUUUUAUGCAUUUGGCUAAGUUCUUUGCCUCUGUGUUGUGGAGUAGUGGUUAGUUGUGAUGUAUCCUGCAAAUGGAUGUUUUUUUUGGUUCUUUAGGCAAAAACUGGAAGUGUGUUUUGGUAUUUGUAAUGUUCAGAAAUCAGCAAUGUUGUGGUCGUUUUACUAA